AUAAAUUGAAAAACCCUCCAUUUGCAGAACUGAAGCAACUCAGAAUAUUCGCCAUACACAGUCAACGUCGCGGUAUCGGCAAAGUGCCCUCAAAUCUACUCCAAGCUUAUCAAAUUUAGAGAUGUUUUACGGCGGUAACAUGAAUCUGUUACAUCUAAAUCCCUGCACAUUCCAGUUUAGCCCCAAACUCUGGUUUCUGGAUCUCUCCAAGAACGCUCUCUCAGACGGCAACGCCAUCCCCACAGAGCUUUUUCAUCCCAUCUCAAUGCGAACUAAACUCAUUCUCUCAAGAACUCAGCUUCGGUCGCUAAACUUCCUGUUGGAUGCAAAUCUUUCUAGACUUAGUACCCUAAGAGCCCCAGGCAAUGAAAUCGAUGCCAUAAACAAAACUUUGAUUCAGUCUUUUCACAAACUGAAAGUCCUCGACUUGCAGAAAAAUACGUACUGUAACAAUGCACUCUUUAUUGACUGGGCCAUGAAGAAUAAUUUUACUCAGGUCAUUUAUUUGAACAAGUACGCCUGUAGCUAUCCUUCCACCUUGCGAGCUAUGAGAUUAACCGAUUUCAAUACCGAAUCCUGCAUUGUGAAUAUUGACUUCAUCUGCUUCCUUUGCAGCAGUAUUGUGGUCGUCAUCACACUCCUCUUAGCGUUUUUCUGGCAAUUUCUGCGCUUGCAAGUAGUUUAUGUGUAUUAUCUCCCCCUGGCCUACCUUUAUGAUAGCAAGAAGAAGCAGCACCAACAUCAGUUCAUCUAUGAUGCAUUUAUUUCUUACAAUUCACAAGAUGAGCCUUGGGUCGUGGAGAAAUUGAUUCCUGAAUUAGAAGAAAGCAAAUUUUGGAGAUUGUGCUUGCACCACAGGGACUUUGACCCAAUCAUGGAUAACAUAAUUGAUGGAAUAUACAGCAGCUAGAAGACCAUCUGCCUGAUCACCAGAAACUAUCUGAAGAGCAACUGGUGUUCCAGUGAGGUCCAGGUGGCAAGCUUCAGGCUCUUCGAUGAGCAAAAGGAUGUACUGAUCCUGGUUUUCCUGGAGGACAUUCCCACACAUCAGCUGUCUCCGUAUCACAGGAUGCGAAAGCUGGUGAAGAAGCGAACCUUCCGUCGCUGGCCAAAAGAUGAAGAAGAUAGCAGGAUUUUUUGGCAGAAGAUGAGAAUGGCUUUGGAGACCAAAGAGGUCUGAGAGUAUUAUUCCCAGACAUUAGAAAGAUUCCUGGGGCAAAGGCUGAAAUAGUGUUUUAGGUAUAAAAAUGUCUAUUAACCCGUACGAACCUGGACACAUUUGUCCUUAAAAGAAAAAAAUGCAGAUUAUAAAACACCAAAUGGACCACAGAACUCAUGUAUGAACCUUUUUAAAUAUGCAAAACAUGUUGUUUUAAGGUUUACAGCCUAAUGUGACAUACAUGUCACCACAAUAUUUUAUUAAGUUGUUUUAUGUCAAUUUGUUCAAUAAAUGUAUUCAAAGAUUAAACAUAAGGUACACUGAAAAAAGGGUUUCAUUCAACAAUUAAAAUA